CAUUUAGACCGCUCAGCUGCGCGGUUUUCAGUGCGUAAUGGUUUCACUCCUGCAUUCCCUUUGAAAAUCACUAGAAGGGCACCACAGAGGUGGUGGAGGGAGGGAAGGGAGGGACUGUUUCUCCACCUCACCACGUCUCUAUCUCACGUUACCGAGCUAUAGUGAAGUGGUGGAGUCAGCAAAGAGACAACUGCGCCACUAAAACCGGCCUUCUCAUCCAAAGGUGGUAAAACUCUGACCCAUCACACUUUAACCGCAUCACCAUUUUACAUCUCACUGAAGGCUGUGGAGGGUGUGCACCACCACCGAUGGGUGGUUUCAUUAUGGGAACGGGGUGCUGUGGCACAAUUGUGCCCGGUCGGUCGGUGUCGUGAGUGACGGCGGCAGCUGCGGAGCUGGAAGAAGAAUCUUCUCAUGGGACUUGGUCGUGGUUGUGAAGCGCCUAAACUGGAGGCAACGUGAGGAGCGCACAUACCUCCAGAAAACUAGAGUCUCCUUCCUGCGGCUGGCAGCGGACUGACUAGUAAGAACUUGUACCGGGAAAGAGGAAAAUAGUCUAAUCUUUCGGCCGGGCAGACACGAACCAGUACCUACAAAGCCCCAUCGGCUGUGGGUCCAUAGUAUGGGAGCGCUAUGUUGUCCAGGAAAGGACUCAUUCCUGAGGAUUACUUGCUGACACGGUUGGCUGAGGAUGUCCUGCUGCAGCCAAAGUUCAGCACGAAAGCGGGGAAAGCUCGCUUCGUGGCCAAGAACGGCACCUGCAAUGUGGCGCACACCAACAUCCGAGAACAGGGCCGAUUCUUGCAGGACGUUUUCACCACUCUGGUAGAUUUAAAAUGGCUCCACACGCUUAUCAUUUUUACCAUGUCGUUUCUGUGCAGCUGGCUUCUCUUCGGGAUGAUCUGGUGGCUCAUAGCCUUUGCGCACGGCGACUUGGACCCAAAAGGAGACGAUUUUGUCCCGUGCGUAACGGAAAUUCACUCCUUCUCCUCCGCUUUCCUCUUCUCCAUAGAAGUCCAGGUGACCAUAGGUUUUGGGAGUCGGAUGGUCACGGAGGAGUGUGUCUCCGCCAUCAUCAUCCUGAUCAUGCAGAACAUCGUCGGACUGGUCAUCAACGCCAUCAUGCUCGGCUGCAUCUUCAUGAAAACUGCGCAGGCCAACCGGCGCGCAGAGACGCUCAUUUUCAGCAAACACGCCGUCAUCUCCGUCCGAAACAACAAGCUGUGCUUCAUGGUCCGCAUCGGGGAUUUGAGGAAAAGCAUGAUCAUCAGCGCCACCGUGCGGAUGCAGGUGGUCAAGAAAACCACCACCAAGGAGGGUGAGGUAGUGCCUCUGGACCAGAUCGACAUCAACAUGGACAACCCGGUGGGUACCAACGGAGUCUUCCUGGUGUCCCCCCUCAUCAUCAGCCACGUGAUCGACAAGGACAGCCCUCUGUAUCAGCUGUCCGCCACAGACCUUCAGCAGGAGGACAUCGAGGUGAUCGUGGUGCUGGAGGGGGUGGUAGAGACCACGGGCAUCACCACGCAGGCCAGGACCUCCUACGUGUCGGAAGAGAUCUUGUGGGGGCAGCGCUUCGUGCCCACGGUGUCCGAGGAGGACGGCAUGUACGCGGUGGACUACUCCAAGUUCGGUAACACCGUGAAGGUGCCGACACCGUGCUGCAGCGCCAAAACACUGGAUGAAGCAGGUGGGAUCGCUCAGUUUAAACUGAACGAGGGUGUCACCUUGCGGUCGUCUGAGAGAAGGCGGCGGGGCACCUCAUUGGUCCGCCGGUCCAAGAAGAACGGCCAAUAAAUUAUGAACCAUGUCUGCCAACAUUUUCUAUGAGAUUGACGACUGUUAAAUUAUUAUUAUAUUAUUUUUUUAUAACAAAACCUGUUAUGGUUCAUCUGUAAUCAUCUCUCAAAUGUAUGCACACAUCACCAAGCUUUUCACUCAGGGUCAGUGUGGAGAAGACAGAAUGCACUGAGGAUCAUCAGAUCAUGACAUGUGACUGUAUCAAUGUGGAUGUAAUUGAUGAUUUUAUAAAUUGAGAUUGACUGCAUGUAUCGAAAAGCAAUAAAGGAGAAUGCUUCAUCCACAGUGAGGCAUGUGGUAGAUGAA